UCAUAAUAAUACAUCCUAGAGUUUUCUUGUUAAAAAAUAUACAGUUAAAUUCUUUGAAUCACAGCUAAUCUUUAAUUAUUUGAUGUUAUUGGAAAUUUGACACCCAGUCCUCCCAACAUUGUCACAUAAUCAUUUGACUGUCAAGAGUCAACUGCAAUGAAAAUUUAAGAAAAAAAACAAUUUAAAAUAUGAUAAUGUCAAAGUUUCUAAAGCUCUUAGCUAGUAGUCCCAAGUGUCUGUUUGAGAGUGAAUGGAAUCAUAACUUUAAGGCCUUGGAUGAUUUAAGUUCAGCGAGAUAAAGGAGGAGUCACAAGGAAGUUUAGUGUCAGAAAUGGACGAGGAGGACCUUACAUCACAGUUCUCAGGUGGAGGAUAUUAUCCAAAUGUAUCCUUCACUGAGAAAAUGAAACAUCAUCAAGUUCAAGAUUUAAAUAGCCAGGAAACUUCUGGGGUUCUUGUAAUGCAGCUGUCAUUUAAUAAAAACUACACUGGAGAGUAUCUGAUGGCUGUGAGAAAGACAGACAUUGUUCAAGAAGACACAUUUAAUGUGAAUCUCAGUGGGGAAAAAAAAAUAUUUAAAUGCCCAGUGUGCGAUAAACUGUUCACUCACAGAUCCAAUUUUAAAAGGCAUCAAAUAGUUCACACUGGUCUCAAAUCUUUUAAGUGUUCCACUUGUGAUAAAGUAUUUGCUACAAACUACUAUCUCCAAAUACACAGUGCCAUACACUCUGGGCUAACACCAUUUCAAUGCCACCACUGCAACAAAUCUUUUUCCCAGAUGACAGUUCUGAAGACACACUUAGUGAGGCACUCUCAAGACAAGUCAUUUAAAUGUCCUAUUUGCAACAGUUUGUUUACAAGCAAUACUAACUUAAGAAACCACAGUUUGAUUCAUAGAGAAGACAAGCCAUUUAAAUGCCUGAUUUGUUACAGGGGCUUCUCUCGCAACUCCAUCUUGCAAAACCACAAGCUGGUUCAUACUGGACAGAAACCAUUCAAAUGCUCAAACUGCAACAGCAGUUUUUCUCGGAUGCAGCAUCUAAAGAAGCACAUUAAGUGGCAUAUCCUGGAGAAGCAAUUUCAUUGCCACAUCUGUGAUGGAAGGUUCACAAGUGCUGCAAAUUUAAGAAAGCACUGUACUAUUCAUACUGGAGAAAAGAAAUAUCACUGCGUAGACUGCAAUAGAAGAUGUUCCCAGUAUUCCCAUAUCAAUAAGCACAUCAUGACCCAUAUUGGGUUCAAGUCAUUUGAAUGCCCAGUGUGUAAUAAAGGCUUUUAUGAUAACUCACAUCUAAAAAUACAUCUGCUGAUCCAUACUGGGGAGAAGGCUUUCAAGUGUGUCAUAUGUGGGAAAAACUUCUCCCAGUUCUCUAUAUUAAAAAAACAUAGUCGAAUCCACAUGGGAAAAAGUUUUUUCAAGUGCCCAUUGUGUGACAAAGGAUUUACUCAAAUGUCAAACUUAAAAAGUCACUUGAUGAUACACAGUGGGGAAAAGCCAUUCAGGUGCACCAUAUGUGAUAAAGGAUUUGCUCGCAGUACGAAUUUGAAAAAGCACAACCUAAGACAUACUGGCGAGAAGCCAUUCAAGUGUGAGUACUGUGACAGAGAUUUUACUGAUAAGUCAGGACUAACGUCUCACAUUAAGACCCAUACUGGUGAGAAAAAUCACAAAUGUCAAGUCUGUGACAAAGAAUUUGCCCGUAAAUCUUCUCUGCACAUCCACAGAGUGGUCCACACCGGAGAGAAGCCAUUUGUUUGUAUCCUGUGUAAUAAAGCUUAUUCUCAUAGAUAUUCUUUAACAAAACACAAGUUAAUUCAUAAUGAGAAAUCAAGUUGAGUUGGGGUUUUAUCUAUGACCAAAAGAAAGCUACUUUGUGUAUAUUGAUCUGCCUAAACUUAUGUUCUGAUAUUUGUUUUAAUUCUUGAAGUAUGAAUUGGUUUAAUGCCAAAUCAUUUAAGAAUAAAUAUAUGAUAUUAUCAUACAUAUAUAUAUACUGAACUUUGACUUGUGGGUACAAUGUGAUUAAGUGUGCAACUAUGACUCUCCACACCUCACACUUAAAAGGUAUCUUCUUUAGCAUUUCAUGUAACAUGCCAGUCUAUUCCUUCAGGUUCUCAAAUUGCCUUUCUUCCUGAAAAACUCUAAGACUAAGACUGCUUUAUUGAUCCUUACGGAAAUUGUUGUGAUUACAAGGACUCUUUUCUCAAAUAAAGACAACACAACAGAAACAUACAUAUAAAUUCAACAGACACAACAUAAAGAGUUCAUUCAGCAACUACACACAGGCAUCUUGGUCCUUUUCAUGUUUCCUCAUAUAGUCUGACCGAAUAAGGAACGAACAAGUUUUUGUACCAGUCUGUUCUUGUCUUGAUUAUUUUGUCUAGGCAUUGUUUGUCAGUUUUUGUGAAAUACAUCUCAGAUUUCAUCAUCUUACACUUGAACUUGCAGCAUUACAAACUCAUUUAGGGCUUUGAUGGACGGAACCAAGACCUUUAUAUGUUGACUUAAAUUUGGAAAGUUGUGCAGUGCAAGCUCUUCAUAGCUCUUGCCUUCCAAUCCCUGUACUGACUUAAGAUGACACACUGAUCUUUUCAACUAAAAAAAUGUCUUCAACUAAUAACAACUCUUUAUUGUCCUAUAAUUAAACCCUUGUGACUUGAAUGUUUCAGUAUCUACUAUCUAAUUAACAUUUAUGUUUUACUUAAAUCUGUUAUUUCAAUGAUAUUACUUUCAUGUCUUUUUUUUUUACUUUGAACUCAGGAAUUCAGUAACAAAACUGAUGUGCUAUUAUGAAAUGGAUUGAUCUUAGUUUUCUGUGCACAUGCUUCACUAUAUUCAAGAACAACAGCAAGACCUACCUGUUAGAUUAGGUUAACUCUCAUGUUUAUGUUCUAAUAAUACAUCUAGUCUACAUUAUUUGUUUUAACAGAAAUGUGUAAAUUAAAUUAUUAUUAUUUAAUCUGUUCAAAUGAAGGACUUGUACAUAAUUAUCAAAGCUCUCACAUAAAAUGAUACUCAUCAAAAUGUUGAAAAUUAAUGUUGAGAAAAAAAAUUAAAAAAUAAAAAAGUCAUAUAGGUUCAUUUUUGAUUCCCUAGUAAUGAAAUAGCACCUACCUAUAGAAAACAUUAAGAACAAAACUUUAGAAGCAAAUUGCAAUAAAUACAUGCCAACAUUAAAAGACACCCUUAGGAAACUGGUGGGAAGCGUGGUCGAGAGGCCAAGUGCGCUUGAACUUGGCUUGGCAUGGCUACCUAGAAGGGGGCUCGAGGUUCGACACCCGACUCGGGCAGAGUUGUGUUUACUGAGCGCCCAAAGGCAGCACGGAAAACCCCUCCCCCCAUUGGUCCACAGAUGAGAUUGGACCAAAAGCGCUCUGAGCAUGCUAUAAGCAUGAAAGUAGCGCUAUAUAAAAGCUAUAAUAAUAAUAACUGAUUGCUGGCCUGGAGGAAACUGAUUGCUGGCCUGGAGGAGGCUAGUUGUCAACCAAUAAUAAAAUCUCUUGAGACUACUUCUACCAAUCCACAGAAAACUCGUAGGGUUAUUCAUAAUUUGGAUAAAAAAAUGUUGUACUGUUGAUGCAUUUUUUUUUGCUUUGAAAUAUUUCUAUUGCAUAUGUGAUUCUGUUACAUAAUUAUAAUAUAGUAAUUUAUAACUGUAAUACACAUUUUUGAGCUUAACAAUGCACAUUGGUUUAUGUCCUGCAAGUCAGAGCAAUGGAUGUGAAAAUUUUUCUAGUAAGAUUAAUAUUACAACCAUUACUUUAUGUUUUACACUUUAGUGUAAAAGUAAGUAAAAAAGUAAAGUUCUCCUUUGAGACCUUCUGAUCUAUGGGGUAGAUGAUGUAAAGGUCAUCUGUUUCUAUGGUUAACAGUUAAUGAGGGUGUCAUGUGACCAGCGCAACGACCAACCCCCCCAUUUACUUUUCCCCAACAAAUGUCAGGUACCCAUUACAGUUGGGUGGACUCAGAGGUGCACUAAAGAUCCUGAUAGUAAAAUUCCCAGGCUUUGCUUAUUUGAACCCAGGACCCCCGGUUCAGUAGCCGAAUUCUCUACCACUUAGCCUCCAUGUAAAAGCAUGUGAGAUAUUUGAGUUACCUCUUGACAUCUUCAUGGCAUGUAAAUGUACUUUGGUUGCUUUUUUACAUUGGUCUUUAUUUAUUUGUCAUGUUAGAAUGACUAGAAGAUUAUUUAAUGUUGAUAACUGUACUGUGAUUUCAAAUAUGUCCAGAAGGUUUUUUUAAUUGUUAACAUUUUUCUUCAUUUAUAUGUAACAUAAAAUUUUUCAAUUAUUUAUAUAUAUAUAUAUAUAUAUAUAUAU